AGUUCUUUUCAGAAAGUAUUUAGAGAAACAUGAGUGGGGAGGUGUGGAGACGCAGAGGACCUCUCGUGGCCCCCAUGCGCGACAACACUGGUGAUAUGCUGUUUCGGUACUUUUUGCGCAAGAAAGGAUUUGUGCAACCUCACAAACGUCUGCCGAAAAAAUAUGUUCCGCCGAAGGCAUUGACCAAAUCUGAAUGGCACGAAAUGGUCGUUGCUCGUGCGUUGACGUCUCGUCAGGGGUCAUUCAGGAUUCCUCCUCCAUUUAUCCGCAUUAAAACAGCACGUCAAGAAUGGAAAAUAUUUUUUCAGGUCAUGAAGACUCUUGGCAAGAAAGAUCCAAUAAUCAAGCGACUGGUGAUGCCUUUGCUAGUUCGACUCGGCCUGCAGUUGUUGAUGCAGGGUUAUCCGAAAAGAGUAGUUCAAAAUUUCAUCUAUCGACGGGUGCCAAUUCCAUCCAGAACAAGUGACCCCUACUUUUGCGUUAGAAUGGAUUACUCGAGAGUUUCAGUUUGGUAUCUUGAGCGGCUCAUUCAGCGUUCAAUCUUAUAUCGGAAGUUCUUCUUCAUAAAACCUGCGACCGCGGAUGGACUGAAUCGCUUUUUCCAUCAAGUGUUGCCCAUGAACAUCUUUGCCCUCAUGACGGAUAUUCCGUUCAUUGUGUCUCGAUCUGAUGAGCAGAAGCUGAUAGAUUUUGAAGAACAUUGCCGCAUCGAAGACAUGAAAGCUUUAGGGGAUUUCAAAAAUCCUGUUGAUGAUCCAAAGAUGUGUCAGCAUCGUUGGGGAAAAUUUUUAGGACCCGCGAAGAAGCACUGGAGUUGCGACAUAUCCAAGUUUGCGACGAGAUUCAAAACUGCCAUGAAGUCUUUCCAAGAUCCAGUGAUGACCAGCGUCACCAGUGCAGAUGUGAAGCUCAUCACAGUUUCGAACUGCUCUAGUAGUUUAACCUCCGCCACUGUUUCGAAAAAUGGACUUCGAAUGGGACUGGCGUACGAAGAUGCAACGAUAGAAAUUUGGUCGCUUGAUGAGAAAGUCCCGCUGAUAAAGAUUCCUUCACGGGAAACAGGAUGCUUUGUAGAUAAAGUAUCCCCAGAAAGCAAAAUGAAUUUUAAUGAAGCUGAGCAGCACACAAUGCAAGGAGGACAUUCAGGGCCUAUUUACAAAAUAGCCUUUGUACCUUCAAUCCCCAAUGAUCUAACUGUGUGUGAUCACUCACGAAGUGGCUAUCUUUUGUCUGCGGGUGAAGACUGUUCCAUGAAGUUAUGGCGUGUGGAUACUUGUCGUCCAGUUGUUACCUAUCGGGGCCAUCAUAAACCAGUGUUGGCCAUGGUUACUUCUCCAACCGAAGACUAUUUCGCCUCUGGGGGAAUGGACAAUCUGGUCAUGAUAUGGUCUCACAUGUAUUCUAAUCCUUUGCGAGUCUUCUGCGGACACAAAAAUGCCGUGACUUCUCUGGCUUUUCAUCCAAAUGAACAGUACAUGUUCUCAGCAUCGAUGGACCGGGAAGUGAGGAUGUGGUCAGUGGAGUAUGGGAAGCUGCAGAGGUUGUUUGUCGGAAGCCAGGCUGGAAUAUCUAGUGUGGCGUGUUCUGGAGCUGGUAAUCUGGUGAUCUCUGCUGGGGAUGACCGUAAGAUUCGUGUUUGGGACAUCAGACUAAGCAAGCAAGUCCGUGAGAUCAAGGCUCAUAAUAAUGCUAUUAAAUGCGUUGACAUCAGUGCUGACAAUCGCUUGGCUGUGAGUUGUUGCGUGGACGGAACCAUGCGACUGUGGCAAUUGUGUGGCAAGCUUUAUCAACGGGAUAUGAUGCUGAAAGAUCAUCAGAUUUUCGGUUCCUCGAUCAUCGAUGUCCGGUUUGCGAACACAGGAUUGGUACUUGCUUAUGGAGUCUCGAAUGAAAAGAUUGGCUGUGUCGGCGGGGAAAUAUGA